CGGCUUUCCACCAUUCGCAACUAUGUACCUCACACCCGGAAACGAGAACGUUAGUGAAUCUGACCAUCUCCGCCACCGUAGCUUCUUCCGCGAACCUAUCGGUAACAAGGUCCGCACGUAACCGCUUCGACGUCACCACAGCCCAACUACACUGCCUCAACGACGCAACUCCCUUCCGAAACGUACAACACACAUACAGCCACGUCGUAGGCUCAUUCUACGUCUACACCCCAACUAUCCCUUUUUCCGGUUUGCACUCGCCCGCAAUGCGCUACGACAAGAUCUUCCUCAAAAACAUACCACCCGGCACCACCAAAGAAUAUAUCCACGCCCUCUAUGCCGCCCAAGGCGCCCGCAAGGCAGGUAUCCCCUCCACAAUGCGCGGGUGCGCCAUCGUCACCUUCGACACGGAAGAGCAGGCCCGCCGUGCAGUUCGGGAGUCAGCCCUGCUGCGAAUCCAAGGGCGACAGGUCCAUGUGAGCAUGUACGUCAAGACCCCGACCUAUCGGCACAACGCGAAGCGCGCUCCCGCGGGAAAGCGACCAGAGACAGAGGGGCAUUGGGACGGGUCGGAUGCGGAUGACGAGACGGUGACGGAGGAGGGAGAGGCGCCGCCGUCUGGGGAGGCAUAUCCGCAGGUGCAGAAAGAAGCGCAGAGCCAGGCCAGCAUCCCCGAUAUCGACCGGAGAACAGAAUUCUGGCAUGGAUAUAUGACGAUCCGACCCGGUGACGCUAGGACCCGCUUCCCGACUCCUCCCAUACUCAAAGCUGCAGGACAAUACCGCGAAGAGCUUGAGUACUUUUGGCCCAAGCUUGGCACCGGAGGCGCUCCUCGGGUUCCUGAAUCGUCUGCGGAGGCGAGUGAAGGACGUACACCUGUGCCUCGUUUCCCACCCGGCCUCGAGCCGCACCCUCGCUAUCCGCCGGGCCUUGAACCACGCCUAGAGACGCCGGAUGCAACGCAUGGGAAGACGAUUUUCGAAGUACUCGAGGAACGUGCCGCAAAGGCGGACCUUGACUCCAGGAGUGUGCACUCCGAUAUCGACCAGGUCACUCCAGACACAAUCCCACGCCAACCAGCGCAGAUAGUCAUCAGCACCCCACCUUAUCCGUCGACCACAGAUAUCAUUCGCCAGCGGCAUCUGAGCUCGUGUCACCUCUGCAAGCGGAUGGCGCAGGGGCCGCCUGCUAAGGUAGAAAAUUGGCAUCAGUGAUGCUUGGGAGGAUGGACGUGCUCCGUUCGUGAGCGAUCGAUGCUCUCGGAUUCAUAUAUAUACUAGAUAGAUUCGUUUUAGAUGGCGAUGGGUAUCUUUGGUUGCUUGGUAUGCGCUGAGAUCUGUCACGUGUAUAUGUGG